AUGACCGCGGACUACAAGUACGUGCUACUAUGGCGAGCCAACCCUUUGCCAUUGGAAGGAGCCUAACGACGUAAUAUGACUAGUGAAUAUUCAAGUCAGCAGUCUUCGCGCAGUAUGGUUGGUAUUUUGGCAGUUUUCGGUGUUUGUGUUAAUGUGUGUUAUUAAUGGAGCGUCGUGAGAAAGCCGUCAUGGGAAAGAGAACGCGCUGCGAGAGCACAGCAUCAGUACCCCAGUUCACCAACUCGCCCACCAUGAUUGUGAUGGUUGGUCUGCCUGCCCGAGGAAAGACCUACAUCUCAAAGAAACUCACACGUUACCUCAACUGGAUUGGAGUUCCCACCAGGGUGUUUAACGUUGGACAGUACCGCAGAGAUGCUGUACGCACCUAUAAGAGUUUUGAAUUCUUCCGCCCAGACAACGAAGAGGCCAUGAAAAUUCGCAAAGCUUGUGCUCUGGCGGCGUUGAAGGACGUCUUUUGUUACUUCACUCAGGAUCAUGGACAAGUGGCAGUGUUCGAUGCGACCAACACAACAAGAGAACGUAGAGAGGUGAUCCUCACCUUUGCUAAAGAGAACGGCUAUAAAGUGUUUUUUGUUGAGUCUCUUUGUGAUGACCCAGAAAUCAUUGCAGAAAACAUCAAGCAAGUGAAGCUGAGCAGUCCUGAUUAUGUUAACUGUGAUAAAGAAGAGGCUGUGACUGACUUCCUUAAGAGAAUAGACUGCUACAAACUCACAUACGUUCCUUUAGACGAUGACAAAGACAGGAACCUGUCAUACAUUAAGAUCUUUAACGUGGGCAGCAGGUACCUGAUUAAUCAGGUCCAAGAUCAUAUUCAGAGCAGGAUCGUCUACUAUCUGAUGAACAUCCAUGUCACACCUCGCACUAUCUACCUCUGUCGUCAUGGAGAGAGUGAACUCAACCUUUUGGGGCGUAUCGGCGGUGAUUCCGGCCUCUCGCCACGAGGAAUGAAGUUUGCUGCAGCUCUAGGCACAUACAUCAGGGGUCAGUGCAUCCUGGAUCUGAAGAUCUGGACCAGUCACAUGAGGAGAACGAUCCAGACCGCAGAGGCAAUCGGAGUGCCUUAUGAACAGUGGAAAGCACUGAACGAGAUUGAUGCUGGUGUGUGUGAGGAGAUGACUUACGAAGAGAUUCAAGAUCACUUUACUGAGGAGUUUGCUCUCAGAGACCAAGACAAAUACCGGUACCGCUAUCCAAAGGGUGAAUCCUAUGAGGAUCUGGUUCAGCGUUUAGAGCCUGUAAUCAUGGAGCUUGAGCGGCAGGAGAACGUUCUGGUCAUAUGUCAUCAGGCUGUCAUGCGCUGUCUGCUGGCGUACUUCCUAGACAAAACCUCAGAUGAGCUGCCUUAUCUGAAGUGUCCUCUGCAUACGGUGAUGAAACUCACUCCUGUUGCCUAUGGCUGUGAAGUUGAGUCCAUUUUCCUGAAUGUUGAAGCAGUAAACACACACAGAGACAGACCUGUGAAUGUGGAUGUGGACAGAGAUCCAGAGGAUGCUUUACUGACCGUACCAGAACACAACUAGACAAGACCACACCAGUUCAGUUCUCUAAAUGAUUACAUAUAUUUUCCUUAUUUGUAUGGCCUUCUGACCUUGGGUAUAAUUUUGUAAUAUUUGCAAUAAUUUUGGGGUGAGUGGUGUUAUUCACUGUUAACGGUGUCUCUCAGAUCUUGUAUAAAAUUACAUGUUAAGUGAACGAGAAAUGCCAACUACUUUAGAUUCAGUUAUUUAGAUUUAUACAUUGAUGUCAUGAAAAUGUAUAAGUUAUGGAAGGUGUAUGUGUAAAGCGAAAGAUUAGAAGGUCUAAUUGUGCAUUUGUUGUGAUGUUCCUGCUUUAUGAGUCAAAUGACUGUCAGUCCAGAGACAUCACAGCUGACCAGAUCAUUUAAUCUCUCAAACUGCAUCUCACAGGCUUCAUUAAAGGUGAAGACAGUCAUUUUUUGUUGUGUUGUCCUAUAUGACAGUCUACAUUAGGGUCCUCAAAUAGCAGACCGUCUUCUGGUUCUUGGUUCCAACUGGACUGAAACCUAAAGACAACAGUAGCACCAUUUAACCAUUUCUACUGUUUAAUGUGAGCAGUGCAUCAAAACAAUGGAGCAGUACACUCCUCAAAGCACUCAGGGUAAUUUAUGGUAAUAAUCUUUUGACGCUAUAUACUCUAAAAAUUAGCUUGCUUCAUUCAAGCCCUUCCUACUCCUGGCGCAUUGUUUCUCUCCCUCACUAAAGAUGUUAACGCUUCACAUUAAGAGCUGCAGAUAACAGUAUCAACAGCUGACCACUGCUUGGAAGGAAAUAUAGAGAUCAGGGGCCUCAUUUAUAAAGCGUG